CUCCAUUUAUAAGGCAACGAUUGUAAGAAGUCAAGUUAGUAACUUCACGGCUGAGUAACAGAUUGCAGACUACACGCGACCUUAGAAUCCCAAAUCUAUCACAAUGUCGUGUGAUUUGCUUGGAGGUCUUUUGCUCAUUGCUGCUGUACUGCAAAGCGCCGUCGGACAACAAACCAAAGAAGAUUGCCUUUUGCAAGUUAAAGCAGGAACGUGCAAUGACGACAUCCAGCGCUAUUACUACAAUACACUCACCCAAAAGUGUGAAGAAUUCAGCUAUAGCGGUUGUGGAGGAAACGCAAACAACUUUAAAUCCAUUUUAGAAUGCAAGAAAACCUGCUUCAGGAUACCAAAAAUCCCCCAAAUCUGUCGUUUUCAAAUGCAAGAGGGCCCCUGCCGAGGCCUCAACAAGCAAUAUUUCUUCAAUAUGACCUCCAUGCAGUGUGAGCCCUUCAAUUAUGGUGGUUGUCAAGGCAAUGACAACAAGUUUCUGAGCUUUCAGCAGUGUAUGGAAUAUUGCAGACCUCCUAAACCAAUCCCUGUGACUUGCAAUGAUAUUUUGGACAAGGGAAAUUGCUUAGCUUCCAUACCAAGGUAUUACUACAACUCUUCUACUAAGACUUGCGAGGAGUUCAUAUACACAGGAUGUGGAGGAAGCACCAAUAACUUCAACUCCAAACAAAGCUGUAUAGAUGUUUGUGGGAGAAAAAGUUGGAGUACCAAGUAUGUAAGAGUUUCCAAAGAAUACCUAAAACGAGUAAAUGCCCAGCCACCAAGGCAGAAGUCCACCAAAUAAUGGUUUAUGAAGUCAUUGGCACUGUACCGACAAAGAUUAUUGCACUGAUUUUAUAGUAUUCACUUGUGUCAUCUCACUCUGUGUCACUAAUAUUUGUAUUAUUAAAUACAGUAUUUCGGCAAGCCUAACACUGUUUAAGUGAUGAAGCAAAACGUUUCAUUUACAGUAAUUAACAAUUUUUAAUAUGCUGAUGUUUUAUUACCCCAGAUAUUUAAUUGAAUGUUCCUCUCUGUUCAGCCAGAACAUGUUUAAUUCAGACUGGCAGCAGAUAUCAUCUCAUGAUUUCAAAAAGCUAGUGACACUUAACCUGAGAAAGUCUAGAAUGACAAAUGAAAAUGGUCAUUGUCUGCUGGCUCAAAGAUAGCAGGUUAUUAACCAUUAAAAUGAGAAAUGACAUGUAUUCAACCUUUUGUAAUGUGUUAGUUUUAAGUAUAUACAUUUUCAGUGAAAUCAUAUUUGUUUCAUUUAAUGGAACUCAAUAUCAAAGCCUGAAUAAAUAAAAAUAAACAAAGCCAGAAUACAGGA